CAUUUAUUUCGAACUCCAUCCCGUCAGCUGAGCAGGUGAGCAGGACGACAGGGACAAAUUCCGUCGAAUAAAGAUUGGGCGGAUGAGGUGAGAUUCGUGAAUGACUUGACUGCUUUGCAUUAAUGCGUCGAGACAUGCAGGGCCUUCCGCGGGUUCGUUUAGCUAGAGAAGCAGAGGAACGAAGCAGUCAUGCAAUGGAGAUAGAAUCAGCACGGAGUUAUCCUGCGAGCUCAUCCUCCUGCCCCCAUCUACAUAAAAGACUCUAGAGACUGCUCAAUCUCUCCCGACGCUGGUCUUUCUCCUCCUCCCUGCCCACCCCGAUCUCCAACCCCCCUCACCCUCUCCUCUCUCUUCGUUCCCCCUUCAUCUCUCUUCCGACUCUUACCCUGAACAUUACCUAUUCGCAAUGUCAACCGAACAGAAAGUCACAACGCCUCGGGAGCUCGAGGAAGGUGCGGCCAGCACCGCCGCACCCUCGGAGCAUGAGCAUGAGAAGGCCGUCAGCACUGCGCACUCCAAGGAGGAAAAGGAGGCUGACAUUAUUGCUGCGUACAAGGAGGAGGCCGACCCCACCAAGGCAGAGGGUCCAGAGACCGGGCUCGACGACACCGAUUAUCCCACUGGUCUUCGCUUCUGGCUCGUCAUCACUGCCCUCUGGCUUGUUAUUUUCCUCGUUGCGCUCGACCAGACGAUUGUCUCAACCGCUGUUCCCGUCAUUACCAACAACUUCAACUCCUUCAGCGAUGUCGGCUGGUACGCUUCUGCCUAUCUCAUGACCUCGACGGCCUUCCAACCUAUGGCUGGCCGCCUUUACAGCCUCUUCUCCGUCAAAUGGGUCUUCUUUGUCUGCUGCUUCAUCUUCGAGCUCGGCUCCUUGAUCUGUGCUGUCGCCAAGGACUCCAGCACCUUCAUCGGCGGCAGGGCCGUGGCCGGCACAGGUCUUGCCGGCCUCUACGUCGGUGCUUUCGUCAUUGUCACGAUGAUCGCUCCUCUCCGACUUCGACCUCUUUUGACGAGCAGCAUGGGCGCGAUUUAUGGCAUCGGUGCCUGUCUCGGUCCCAUCAUCGGUGGCGCCUUCACCAGCGGGUCGGCAGGUUGGCGGUGGUGCUUCUGGCUUAACCUUGUCCUCUACGCCCCCGUCGUUUCUUUCAUCGUCCUCUUCUUUAAGCUGCCAUCGUACAAGCAGGACAAAGUCUGGUACAAGCGAAUUGCCAACAUCGACUACCUCGGUACCGCCUUGAUUCUUACCGCCGUUGUGUGCAUCCUUCUGGUCUGCCAGUGGGGCGGCAUCAAAUACAGUUGGAGCGAUUCGAAGAUCAUCGGUCUCAUUGUUGGCUUCGUCGUCAUCUGGAUCGCAUUCUGGAUCGACCAGUACUUCCAGGGCGAAAAUGCUACAAUCCCGCUCCGUCUUUUCACACACAGGACCGUCGGCUUUGGCUCGGCCGUCAAUUUUGCCGUCGCCUCGGCUUACUUUUCGGUUCUCUACUACACCCCCAUUUACUUCCAGUCCGUCCAGGGCAGCAGCGCCAUUCGCUCGGGUGUGCAGACCUUGCCAUUGGUCUUUGCCGUCAUCUUCGCAGUCACUGCGUCGGGUACAAUUGUGAACAAGACGGGUCACUACAUUCCAUCGAUCUUCUUCGGUACUGCUGCCUUGGCCCUCGGCUGCGCAUCGCUGGCCUACCUCAAGCCGGACUCGUCGCAGGCCUUCUGGUGUGGUACACAAUUCCUUACUGGCUUUGGAGCCGGCUGGGCCUGGAUGCUCCCCUUCAUCGCCGGCUCGAACGCGCUCGCGGUCCAGGAUAUUCCCGUCGGAAGCUCCAUCGUUACGUUCUUCCAAGUUCUCGGCGGUACCAUCUUCGUCAGCGUUGGCCAGGCCAUCUUCCAGAACAAGUUCGUCCUCUACCUCGACCACAUUCCCGGCGCCAACACUCAGCAGAUUGUUGCCCACGGCGUUUCAGCCUUCCGUGAAUUCACUCCAGCCGAGCUGCUCCCCGCAGUGUCUGAAGCCGCAAACCGUGCCGUGACCAAGACGUUCAUCAUGUCAGCCGUGGUCGCUGCCGUGGGCUUCUUCGCCACCUUUGGCAUGGAACUCAACCGCAAGGCAGCCAUUCAGUAAAGUGUAGCGCGCUCUCUUUCGCCCAUCCUCUAGCUCUAGGAUAAGCAAAACCUCUCUUCUAUCUCUUGCUCGUCCUUUGUUACCCAAAGCUUCGUAUGCCCAUUGAAGAUGAUCACCCCUCCUGCUUUACCAACCAUAAAUAGAACUUGCUCCCAU